UGCAGGUUUUUUAAGACCGCUUGCACCGCAGUAUCUUACCAGUGUAAAGAUAAUGUUUUUUGAACAUGUUUCCUGGAUCGAACAUAUUGAAGGUGUUCAAACCUUGUUUUCUUCUGCACAUGUUGGAAAAUUGAUAAAACUAAGUCUAGGGGGCAGCGCUGAAAUAACACAUGUUUAUGAACGGAGUGGCGUUCAACACUUCUUGGCUGCUGUUAUUGCAAAGAUGUUGGUUCCAUAUCAUGCAGAACCUUUUCACAGAAGGGUUUUAUUGAACAAGCUGCUUGUGGUUAAAAGAGGGAGUGCAUACCACCUCGAACUGUUGGAUGCUGAAUAUGGCUUUAUUGGUGAUGAUUUCGAAAAAACAGUGGUUAUUCCUGGACUCAGUAGUUUUCUGAUAGUUCGAAUAAAUAGCAGUACCCUUGUCGAAGCACAUGCUACAAUGCCAGAACUAAUUUCAGAUUAUUUACUAAUUGAAGAAAAAAAAUGGUUUAUUUAUGACUUUAGCUCACAGCAUGACGUGUGGGCUAUUGUUGAAAAUGAAUGUACCACCCAAAUUGAGGAUGUCAACAAUGUACAGCUAAAUCCUGAAAUGUUUCUCGAUAUUAACGAUACAAUUAAGUUGCGGCUCAAAUCCUCAACUUUCAAAGGAGCUAAUUCACAAACAUUUGAUGUGUCCAUUGGAAAUCCAGUCCUGCUGCAAAUAGACACAGAAAAUUACUGGGAUGACGCUGGUAUAGGUUACCUAAAUAUUGACAUUUACAGCAAUUUUAAUGUCAGGGGAUACACUACAGUGUCCAUUUCUAUUUCUGAAGCAUCACUGUUGUGCCCAGUAAUUAGCAUCCCAAUUAUUCUGUUUUGCACCUGUCCAGUUGGAAAAGUGAUCCUUUAUAAAGAGCCUAUAUCAAUCAGUCGGGAUGAGUGGUUGUAUGGUCAUCCAAAACAUGAUGAAACUGACUCUGUUCUUUUGAAGACCUUGCCUAUAAAUUACAGACCACCAUCCACGCAUGGAAUCAAUGUUCCAGUAACCGAUAACAUCUAUAAUGCUGAUCCGAGUAAACCAAAAUUUCGAGACUAUUAUAAAAUCUCAAAGGAAACUGGAAGCUACAAGCAAUGUGCAGGGAAGAAAUCAAGGGAGGAAUGUGGCUGCACUCCAGAAAUGAGGUUAUCUUCCUUUGCUGAAUUUUCAGACUGCAGACAAAGGGUUUACAGGGUUCAAUAUCCAGCCUAUGAUUUAGACAUCUCCCUUUUGCUGAGGAAAUCAGAAGAAAACGAUCAAGCAUUAACUUCUCCAUUCUUUGUUGUAUUCAAUGAAGUAAACAACCGGGUUAACUGGAGAGCGACAAGUACUAUAUUGACUCCAAGCUUUUCUAAAUUAAGAAAAUUAUAUGAAAAUGUUUUCACCAUUCACAACCCAGACGGAAUUGUCAUUAGCUUAUUUGGUUCUGAAUUGUACCAUUUCAGAGUAACAGUCAUUCCUGGAGUGUCUCUCUGUGAAUUGGUUACCGAAUUUCAGAUUUAUGUUGAUGACCCACCAAUGGCAUAUCCAUUCCACUUUUUAGUCAGUAUGAUAACUGCCAUCAUUCUUGGAACUAUAAUCAUGAUUUAUUUCUUUUUACAACGUAUCCACUGCGGUCAUACCAGUCAAUGUCAAUGUUGGAAGUUUCCCAAAAUUGAAACAUUUUCACACAUGUCGCUAUUUAAAGGCAAUAAAAAGUAAGUUAAAGAUGCAAUUUUUCAAUUCACUUUCAUUUGGAAGGUCCAAGCGGCAACCAUAGAUUUGAGUAUUUCCAUCUUCAAGACCAGAUUCAGGUCAAAUUCGGUGAGAGUGAAUCCUAGAACAGACAGUUGUCUAUCACAGAUCAACUGGGAAAUAAAUUGACAUGAAGGAUAUAGACAAAAAAAAACACAAAAUAAAGUUAUUUUACCAACCUGCCCCUGCUGCAUAUCACUGCUCUCUGAUAAGAAAGGUACACAAGACUCUGAAAAUGUGAAUUCAUCUCUUACUGAGGGCAGACAGACUACCAUUGCUGGAAUCUAAUAAAUAAGGAAGACGAUAAUGGGAAUCUUUAGAGGAGGGACGAAGGGCAGAUGAGACCAGAACCAGAUGUGGGAGGUAGCGGAGCCAGUAGAAAACAUUUGUUGGCACUAGCUGUCAUAGAGCUGUACAGCAUGGAAAACAGGCCUUUCAGCCUAAUUAUUUAUGCUGACCAAGUAAACAUUCUAGGCUAGGCCAUUUGCCUCACAUACUUCUAAACCCAUACUAUCCAUUUCUUGGCUACCCUCUGAAUGAAAAAGUUAUCCCCAAGAUCCCUCUUAAAUCUCUCCCCUUUAACUCUAAGCCUAAUUACUCUAGGGGGCUGGGGCUCCUAAGAGUACCCAUGGUAGCACCUUUGAUUUAUACUGAGUGAGACAAAUCAAAAGAGAGGAUCAUAUAACAUACAGAAAUACAAUCGUCAACCCAAGUACAAUAGCUAGAGCAAAAGGAAAGAUAUAGAGUACAGAAUAGUUCUCAACAUUGUAGUGCAUCAGUUCCAUAGACAAAGUCCAAUAUUUGCAAUGGGAUAGAGGUGAUUUGGAUGUAGAGUCACAGAGCGAUAAAGCAUGGAUACAGGUCCUUCGGCCCAACUUGCCCACACCGACCAACAUGUUCCAUCUAUACUAGACCUACCUGCCUGCGUUUGGCCUAUAGCCAUCCAAACUUGUCAUAUUCAUGCUCUGUCCAAUCCACCCCUCAUACUCUAGUCUGUCCAGAGUCCAGAUUAAGUAUCAAACCUGGUGUUUUGCUGGCUGUGAGGUUUGGGUGGUUGUCUUCCUGAGGAUUUUGGUGGUGCAUGAUGGGGAAAUGAAAAAUAUGUGCUUUGAUUUACUGCUCAUUCUUUUUUCAAUGAGAGUUAUCAAUUGAUGAUGCCAGGUUUCCUUUCACUAUUAUACACAUUCCAUUUCAUGAAGAGAUUAAACUUGACAAUUAAAGUAGCAACUCUUAAAAUGACAUUGUUGCAACAGAGUAAAAUACUAUAAUCAACAUUGAUGUAGUAAGGGUAAUAACGUUGUGUAAAGUUACUUCUCUGUGACAUGGAAAGUUCCAGUGGAGCCGGCUUGAGAAGUGAACUUCCAUACCUCAUGAUUCGAGUACAAAGCUGAAUGUCAUCCCCUCCCUGUGAAAACAAACCAACACUCCCAUGGUAACAUCCUUUUAGACUUAGCCUACAUAAGAUAGGAUCUGACUUCAAAUGGCAGAUGUUUGCUCACAUUCAAUGUAUUAAAUAAAAACAGUUUCAUGCCUUGGACAGACUAGGGAGCUUCUAGACUAGUUAAGACUUAAAAAGACAUUUGAUCUUGAUCUCUGCUAGGAUUCUGCAUUACACCCGUAUUUGAGUUUGAGUUUAGUUUAUUGUAUUGAAAAUUCAUUGUUACGUGCUAACCAGUCAGCGAAAAGAUAAUACAUGAUUACAAUAGAGCAAUUCACAGUGUACAGAUGCAUGAUAAAGGGAAUAAUUUGAAUAAUGCUUAGUGCAAGAUAAAGUCUGAUCAAAGAUAGCCUGAGGGUCGCCAAUGAGUUAGAUCUGCUCUCUAAUUGUUGGUAGAAUUUGUUUAGUUUUGAGAUACAGUGCGAAAAGAUGCCGUUUGGCCCACCGGGUCCGCAUCGAACCCUGUACACAAACACUAUUCUACACAUACCAAGAACAAUUUACAAUUAU